AUGGCUGAUCGCGCCGUUUCCCUCCUAGUUGCUCCUAUUGUCGACAUGGCCAUAAAAAAGGCCCUUUCCUUGAUCAACGAAGAGUUUCACGCGAUCUAUGGUGUUAAGAAAGACAUAGAAAAGCUCCAAGGAACUUUACGCACAAUCAAAAACGUGCUUAAAGAUGCAGAGGAGAGGCAGCUGACGAAUCUUUCCCUGAAAGAUUGGCUAGAAAAGCUUGAAGAUGCAGCUUAUGACACAGAAGACGUAUUGGAUGCUUUUUCGACUGAAGUUCAUUUGUGGAACAGAAAUCAGGGUCAACCUCCUUCUAGUGUAAGUAAAUUUUCCUUUCAAAGAGAUAUUGCUGGUAAAAUCAGGAAGAUCUUAACCAGACUAGAUGAAAUUGAUCACAAUAGUAAACAAUUCCAACUUGUCCAUAAUGAUAGUGUCCCGGAGACCCAAAACCGUGCCCCCCAAACUGGUUUUUUUGUGGAUAGCACAACUGUUGUUGGUAGAGAAGAUGACAAAAAUAAGAUGGUAGAAUUGUUGCUAUCAGGUGACUUGGAUAAAGAAGGUGAGAUUUCUGUCAUUCCCAUCAUUGGUAUGGGAGGUCUGGGCAAAACAACUCUUGCCCAACUCGUCUACAAUGAUGAGAGGGUAAAAGAAUGUUUUGAGUUCAGAAUGUGGGUAUCGGUCAACGUUGAUUUUGACCUCUCUAGGAUUCUCAAAGACAUCAUAGAGUAUCAUACUGAGAUGAAGUAUGACCUCAAUUUAUCCCUAAGCCUGCUAGAAUCCCGUUUCCUAGAGUUCCUGGCAGGAAAAAAAUUCCUACUUGUUCUGGACAAUGUCUGGAAUGAUGAUUAUAUGAAAUGGGAGCCACUUAAAAAUAUUUUAAAGCAAGGGGGAAGGGGAAGUAAAGUAUUAAUUACCAGUCGAACCUCCAAGGUUUCCGCUAUUAUGGGCACACAGGAUCCUUACAUGCUGGACAGUUUACCUGAGGAAAAAUGUUGGUCAUUGUUCCAGAAAAUUGCAUUUGAACAGUGUAACUUGUCCAGCGAAAGACGGGGGGAAUUGGAAAGCAUUGGUAAGAACAUCAUUCGCAAGUGCCAAUUUUUGCCUCUGGCUGUGAAAGUAAUGGCAGGUCUGUUGCGAGGCAAUGAUGAUGUGGGAAAAUGGCAGAUGAUCUUAAGAAAUGAUAUAUGGGAUGCAGAGGGGGAUAAUCCUAGGAUUAUUCCUGCUCUGAAAUUGAGUUAUGACCAGCUUUCUUCUCAUCUAAAGCAAUGUUAUGCUUUCUGUUCCAUAUUUCCCAAGGCAUAUAUCUUUGAUAAGAAAGAGCUGGUCAAAUUCUGGGUGGCAGAAGGCUUCAUUCAAGAAAGUGGACAGGAAACUGGAACUGAAUGCUUUGAUAAGCUGUUAAUGAGAUCCUUCUUUCAAGUUCUGAAUGUUGACAACAAGGUGAGGUACAGGAUGCAUGACCUUAUCCAUGACUUGGCUAGACAAGUCUCCCGCCCUUACUGCUGCCAAGUGGAAGAUGCUAAUAUUUCUGACCCGUUUAACUUUCGUCAUGCAUCGCUGCUGUGUAAAGAUGUCGAGCAACCUCUCAUCAAGCUCAUCAAUGCAUCCAAAAGGCUGCGCACUCUUCUAUUUCACAAAGAGAACUUGAAAGAUUUGAAGCUGCAGGCCCUUGAUAACAUGUUCCAUACAAUGACAUACAUCCGUGUGUUGGAUCUGAGUUCCUCCACAAUUUUGGAACUGCCACAAUCAAUUGAGAAGUUGAAGCUCUUGCGCUAUCUCGACCUCUCCAAAACUGAAAUUCGAAGGCUUCCAGACUCGUUAUGUAACCUCUACAAUUUGCAGACACUGAAACUCUUAGGGUGUCUUUGGCUUUUCGAAUUGCCCAGGGACCUCAGGAAGCUAAUUAACCUGCAGCAUCUUGAGCUGGAUGAUAUGUUCUGGCACAAGAUUACAAGGUUGCCACCAGGAAUGGGAAAAUUAACCAGUCUACAGAACUUGCACGCGUUUCAUACCGGCUCAGAGAAGGGAUUUGGGAUUGAAGAACUGAAGGACAUGGUGUAUCUUGCAGGAACAUUGCAUAUUUCAAAACUUGAAAAUGCAGUUAAUGCCAGGGAGGCGAAGUUGAACCAGAAAGAAAGCCUUGACAAGUUGGUGUUGGAAUGGAGCAAUAGAGAUGCUGACCCGGAAGACCAAGCAGCUGAAGAGACGGUGCUGGAAGACCUCCAGCCUCACUCAAACGUCAAAGAGCUCCAGAUUUGUCACUACAGAGGCACCAGAUUACCAGUUUGGAUGAGAGAUGGACUGCUCCAAAAGCUUGUAACUGUUUCCUUGAAGCAUUGCACAAAGUGCAAAGUCCUCUCACUUGGUCGGUUACCCCACCUUCGACAGCUUUGCAUUAAAGGGAUGCAAGAGUUGGAGGACUGGCCUGAGGUGGAAUUCCCUUCUCUGGAUACGCUAAAGAUUAGUAACUGCCCCAAGCUCAGAAAGUUACACUCGUUCUUUCCUAUCCUAAGAGUUUUGAAUAUCAAAAAGUGUGACUCCCUGAGGGCUCUUGCAGUAACCCCAUCUCUGAUGUUUCUAAUACUAGUGAACAAUCCAGUUCUGGAAGAUUGGCAGGAGAUUUCAGGCACUGUUUUAAACAGUCUCAAUCAACCCAUAGGCCAAAUGCACUCCUACCAGCAUCUCUUGGAAUUGAAAAUCAUUUGCUGCCCCAAGCUGCCCGCAUUGCCACGCACUUUUGCUCCACAGAAGCUGGAGAUCAGCGGGUGUGAGUUAUUGACAGCCCUCCCAGUCCCAGAGCUCUCCCAACGUCUUCAGCAUUUAGAGCUGGAUGCUUGUCAGGAUGGAAAACUGGUGGAGGCAAUACCUGCAACCAGUUCCCUCUACUCCUUGGUCAUUUCCAAUAUCUCAAAUAUAACCUCUCUUCCAAUAUUGCCCCAUCUUCCAGGUCUCAAGGCUUUGUACAUUCGUAAUUGCAAAGAUCUUGUGUCCUUGUCCCAAAAAGCAGCACCGCUGCAAGAUCUGACAUUUCUCAAACUACUGUCCAUCCAAAGCUGCCCCGAGCUUGUGAGUUUGCCUGCUGAAGGGCUCUCCAUAACACUUGAAUGUUUGAUGAUUGGUUCGUGCCUGAAUCUUGAGUCUCUUGGUCCCGUGGAUGUGUUGAAGAGACUCACCUCCCUCAAGGAUCUUUACAUCGAGGACUGCCCCAAACUCAAGUGCUUGCCUGAGAAAGGAGUCCCCACCUCUCUUGAGCAUUUGGUUAUUCAGGGAUGUCCCCUACUGAUGGAGCAAUGCCGAAAGGAAGGCGGAGGAGGCCCAGAUUGGCUGAAGGUUAAGGACAUCCCUGACCUAGAGAUUGAUUCCAUCGAUGACACACUUGGCCUUCCACACGAAUCCUCUAAACCAAGACCAUCUUCAUCAGCACGAUGGUAUCAUCAUUUGGCAUGCUGUAAAGGACAAACUUCAAAAGGAAAGAAGGUGGUAGGGGACCCAUCAACUUCGGAAUAACAUGGGAACUAAAGCUAGGUGCUCUCCAAGAGAAACAAACAUGCAUGCUAUCUUGAAUGUUCUAUGUAGUGAAGAAGCAAUAAGGAAAGGAUGGCUGACUUAUUAUUGUUAAUAUAUAUACAUGUCUUUAUAUCCUUAAAUAAAGUCCACACUGAUUGUGGCAAUUAGACCAUCUUUGCUGCCUUAUCAAAUAAUGUACUUUAUUAAACGACAGAUGAAUUACCAAGUGUGUAUUUAAUUUCUUAA